AUGAAAUCGGCUGAAAGUAAAGGUGACAAUCACCAAGGAAGCAGAACCAAUCGGGGCAGAGCUCCAUCGCCCGACCGCAUUAGACUACCAAAGCUGAACAAUUUAAUGACGAUUGACUAUUCAUACCACAUUCGAGCGGUUGACCGCUUUGCUACACUUGAUUUAAAGUCUAAUUAUUCUGAGAUUCAGCCGUGGCGGACGGUGCUAGAGUUCGUAAUGAGAGCGACGCGCCACGGCGCUGGCGGGGGCCGAAUGCAAAAUGUCGCAAUUGCACCCCCGUCAGAAAAACAGCUUACACUGGCAAAAAUAAUUAAGAGCAUUAGUAGAGUCGGGGAAUGGAGUGUCGCACAGUAA